UUGAAUUGUAGCUGCAUUCAGACUUCCAACAAUGAGGACUAUGCUCGUCCUGGACAUUGCAAAGUCAGCUGUACCCAUUUGCUUUUUUCAAUGGUUGUUAGCAUUGCUUUUGUUGGAUUCAUAGCCUCACUUACCCACAAUCCUCUCUACAUGACAGUGCUCCGUGUGGUGAGACAAGAUGAAAAAUCUUUUGCAAUUGGGAUUCAGUUUUUGAUAAUGAGGCUAUUGGCAUGGUUACCAGCUCCUGCUGUGUUUGGUGCUGUCAUCGAUUCAACUUGCAUUAGGUGGAAUAAGACAUGCACUGGAAAGAGUGCAGCGUGUGCUUACUAUGAUAACACUUUACUGAGGAAUAGGUACCUGGGUCUACAACUUGGCUAUAAUGCCCUUGGGACAUUGCUUUUACUGAUUGCUGGUUGGAAAGCAAAGACGUUCAGUGCACGUAAGAUUGCUGUACAGAACACAACGGCAGUAUGAAGAUUCUCCAGUUGAUAUAAUGGGAACUGACAUUACUUCACAAUUGACCAACCUACAAAUUAUUUUUGUAUCUGAAUCAUUUACUUAACAAUACUUUGAAUUAUAGUGUUGAUUUAUUUCAGAGUUAAAAUCACUAUACUUAUUUGACAAUGAGAAAAAAUUGAGCAAUGUCAAGAACCCUCAGUAACAACAACUUGCAUUUAUAACACACCUUUAAUGCAGUUAAACAUCCCAAGACAGGGACUAUACAAAGAAAAUUUGACAUCGAACCACGUAAAUAGCUAUUAGAUCAAAACCUUGUCUCAAAGAAUAUGAAUGAGCAUCUUUAAAAGAGAGAGAGAGAGAGAGAGAGAGAGAG